UGCACAUGCGCAGAAAAUCAUUGGAACUUCCUUGUCAAAAGAGAAUGGAUGUGAUUUUAGCUAGCUAAAUAACUUCAAAGUUGGUUAGCUACCCAGUUUACUCCAAUAAUAAUUGUAAUCUCUCCGUUUGGCCAACUCUUACACCAAGGUUUUCGCGUAUUCGAAAUGGGGAAAGGCUGCAAAGUUGUGGUGUGUGGUUUGGCAUCUGUAGGAAAAACAGCCAUCCUUGAACAGCUGUUAUAUGGUAAUCACGCAGUUGGCUCAGAGUCCACUGAGACCCAGGAGGAUGUGUAUGUGGCGUCGGUGGAGACAGACCGCGGUGUGAAGGAACAGUUACGUCUCUAUGACACCAGGGGGCUCCACGACGGCCUGGACCUUCCCAAGCACUACUACUCGGUGGCAGACGGCUUUGUGCUGGUCUACAGCGUGGACAGCCUGGAGUCCUUCAAGAAGGUGGAUGUCCUCAAGAAGGAGAUAGACAAAUCCAGAGAUAAGAAAGAGGUGAUGGUGAUCGUGCUAGGAAACAAGACAGACCUGCGUGAGCUUCGUCAGGUGGAGCACGAGGCAGCGCAGCAGUGGGCGCGGGGGGAGAAGGUCAAGCUCUGGGAGGUCAGCGUCACAGAGAGGAACUCUCUCAUUGAACCCUUCACUAUUCUCACCAGCCGCCUCACACAGCCUCAGAGCAAGUCUGCCUUCCCUCUUCCAGGACGCAAGAGCAAGGGCACGACGUCCAACGACAUCUGAACUGUACUCAACCUUGAGCGUACCUAAGAUCCAAGUACUUCGGGGGAGGGGGAGAUGUCAGAGUAGGAUCGAUGAGUUAGCCAGCCAACUUACAUUAAUAUUCUGACUUCAUGUCAAGAUAGAUUGCCAUGAAAUAUGGGCAAAGACAUAGUAACUGACUUGACAACCAACAACCUAUUAAAUUCCCUUAAAAUAAAGCUUUUCUAUUUUUUAAAUACAA